AUGGGUGCUCAGUCAUCAAAGCCGACACUUCAUGAGAAGGCAGUGCUCGAUCGUCUCCAUAGUCUCCAAAUUCAGGAUGACGAGGAGUACGUCGAGAUCAGCAGCGAUUUUGAGAAGGUUCCCCUUGGACCACUGGUUCGAGACGCACAAGGUCUCUCAGUUCAUGUACUUGAAUCAUGGCAGGCUUCUAUUCUCAAGGACCCCAAGAACAAACUCGCUCUUACAGCGCUGAGCUCAACCAACCCAAGACAGGUUCUCACUUCACUGCCGACCGAAAUUACGGACCAGCAGGUAUUCAAUGUUAAGAUUCCGUUUGAAGGAGAUCCUAUCACAAACCAACGCUCAAGCGGUCGCUGCUGGCUCUUUGCUUCGACAAACGUCUUCCGCGUGGCCCUCAUGAAGCGAUACAACCUCGAGAGUUUCGAGCUAUCACAGCAGUAUCUUUUCUACUGGGAUAAACUUGAAAAGUCCAACUGGUUUCUUGAGCAAGUCAUCGAUACUGCCGGAGAAGACCUCGAAGGUCGACUUGUCCAGAACUUGCUGGGUGAUAUAGUCUCAGACGGUGGCCAGUGGGAUAUGGUGUACAACCUUGUCGAGAAGUACGGUCUGGUGCCUCAGACUCUGUACCCAGAUACCUGGAAUGCCCAAAGCUCUGGCAUUCUGAACAACGUCAUCAAGACUAAGCUUCGCGAGUUCGCCCUUAAACUACGAGGAUUAAUCAACUCCCAAAAUGGUGUUUCCGCCACCACACUUUCCUCGGCUAAGGACAAGAUGAUGCGUGAGAUUUCUCUCAUCAUGACUCUUCUCCUCGGACCACCACCAAGUCCCGAGGAUGCUUUCACUUGGCAGUACAACGAUAAGAAUGGCAAGGCCCAUGAAGUCAAGUUGACCCCUAAAGAGUUUGCCAAGAACAUAUACAGCUCUGAAUUCCGGAUUACAUCUACCACAAUUGACAGUAUGAUAUCACUCGUGCACGAUCCUCGCCACAAGCCACUCAAUUUGCUCUCAGUAUCACGACUGGGAAACAUUGUUGGUGGACGCGGUGUGAGCUAUGUCAACGUUGAUAUCGAUACUCUCAAGAGGACUUGCAUCAAGAUGCUAAAGGCCGGCAUCCCUAUCUUCUUUGGUAGCGACGUUGGCAAGUUCAGUGAUUCUAAGUCUGGUAUCAUGGACCUCGAUCUUUUCAACUACGAGUUGGGUUUCAACACCAGUUUACUCGGCAUGAGCAAGGCACAGCGAUUGACGACAAAAGAGAGCCAGAUGACACAUGCUAUGGUGUUAACAGCAGUUCACCUCAAUGAGGAGACAGGCGAACCUGUCCGCUGGAGGGUACAAAACAGUUGGGGUACUGCUGCUGGUGACAAGGGCUGGUUUGUUAUGAGCGAUGCCUGGCUUGAUGAGUUUGUUUAUCAGGCAGUUGUCGAUCCCCGGUUCUGCAGUAAAGAAGUGAAGGAUGUCCUCAAAAAGGAGGCCAUUGUCCUUCCUCCCUGGGACCCCAUGGGUGCGCUGGCUUAA